CGAUGUUUGACAAAUUCCGGUUUGCGGCAGGAAGCGCGCCCAUGAAGCGACCGGUCGCUGACGAGGCCACCCCGCGCUUGCCGCCCAAGAAGGCCAAGCCAGCCGUGCUCGUGCGCAAGUGGCAAGAGCGCUAUCACGGCAUCUGCGACGCCUGCUUUGAAGCGGUGACCGAGUGCACGCACCACGCCGACGUGGCCUUGCGCCUACUUGUCGUGGGGCACAAUCCGUCCGACAAUGCGUGGCAGAGCGGCUUCUCGUACAGCAACCCGUCCAACCGCAUGUGGAAGUUGCUCAUGGGCGACUUUCAUGGCCAGCGCUGGCGCGGCGUAUUGCCGCCCGACUGGAGCAUGUCAGACCAAAACGCUAUGCCGCAUGAGCUCGGCAUUGGCUUCUCCGACCUGGGCCACGAGCCUGGCAACGACGCGGCUGCGUACGGCAAAGCUACAAUGCAGAGAUGGACACGCGAGUUCUACGACCGCAUGCGUGCGCACAUUCAGCGCGUCAAGGCGACGCUGCACACGGGCGAUUGCAACAGCGUCUAUGCACAUGGGCCGAUGCUUGUUGCGUUCAUGGGAAAGCGGCAAUACACUUUUCUCUUCGAUCCGCCGCUGAAAAAGGUCGAGACGGGGCGACAAGACCCGUCCAGCCUGCCGCCCGACUGGCCGCUGCCGCCGUCGUGCGAAGUGUGGGUCCUCCCGAGCUCCAGCGGGCGCGCUGCCAUGACGGACAAGGCGCGAUGUACACCGUACCGCGAUCUCGCAGCCCGGUUCCACGCGAUUCCAUGGCCCUCGCCGCCCAACAGCAGCUGCUGCGCCGCCAUCAGCUCAGAAAACGAUGGCAUCAAGUCGGAGGACGACGACUCGCGCAUCAAGACAGAAUAA